AUAUUUGUUUAUCGUAUGCUAGAAUUCUUAUCUGCAAUCGUAAAUGAGCAACAAUUAACUAUACAUUUUUACUGCGAUCCAGUUAAAGUUACGAUUCUUUGUUUAUACGGUCAUAUUGCAAAAGUACUUGCAGUAUUAUUUAGAAAAAGUAAUGAAUAUUUUCUUCUUACUACUUCUGUUAACUGCACUGAGCUUGGGCUCUACCAAAGAGGAUGCUAAGCCUACGGUGAAGAUUGGCAUUAAAAAGAGGGUCGAAAAUUGUGAAGUAAAGGCGCGCAAAGGUGACACGAUUCAUGUUCAUUACAGAGGUACCCUGCUAGACGGCUCCGAAUUCGACAGCAGUUAUGAACGCCAGAAAGCGUUUACGCUGAAGCUUGGUUUGGGUCAAGUGAUUAAGGGAUGGGAGCAAGGGCUAUUAGGCAUGUGCGAGGGUGAAAAACGUCGUUUAAUUAUACCCCCAGAACUGGGCUACGGCAAAGCAGGCGCUGGCGAUAAAAUACCACCAGAUUCAACACUUAUUUUUGAGGUAGAAUUAGAAAAGAUCGACAGACCAAAAACAGAUUUAUAAAUAAAUAUAAUUUUUACACUUCAACAUGUAAUUCGAAAACUUUACUUUUUGCAGAAUAUCUAGAAUUAAUAAAAAUGUUUACACAUUUUGGUGAACACACAGUCGAACUUAAUACCAUAUGUAUAUUUAUAAAAACCCUUAAGUUACGUAUCUGUAUAUUUAGUAGAGAAUAAAAAGAUGAACACCACGCACUUAAGUGAGA